CUGCCCUGUAGAGGAAUCCUCCCCUCUGGUACAGAAUGUAGAAGGUGUUCUCUCCUCUCUUGCAGACGCCGGCUGGGCCCCCACGUCUGCCUCUCAGGGUUCGGGAGUGGCUGCUGCCCUGGCUGGGCACCCUCCAUGGGCAGUGGGCACUGCACCCUUCCCCUCUGCUCCUUUGGCUGUGGGAGUGGCAUCUGCAUCGCUCCCAACGUCUGCUCCUGCCAGGAUGGAGAGCAAGGGGCCACCUGCCCAGAAGCCCACGGACCCUGCGGGGAGUAUGGCUGUGACCUCACCUGUAACCAUGGCGGCUGUCAGGAGGUGGCCCGAGUGUGCCCUGUGGGCUUCUCCAUGACAGAGACAGCUGUCGGCAUCAGGUGUACCGACAUCGACGAGUGUUUAAGCUCCUCCUGCGAGGGCCACUGCGUGAACACGGAAGGCGGGUUCGUGUGUGAGUGUGGGCCGGGCAUGCAGCUGUCUGCUGACCGCCACAGCUGCCAAGACACUGAUGAAUGCCUUGGGACCCCCUGCCAGCAGAGGUGUAAAAACAGCAUUGGCAGCUACAGGUGUUCCUGUCGAACUGGCUUCCAUCUCCACGGCAACCGGCACUCCUGUGUAGAUGUAAACGAGUGUCGGAGGCCGCUGGAGAGGCGAGUCUGUCACCAUUCUUGCCAUAACACCGUGGGCAGCUUCUUGUGCACCUGCCGACCUGGUUUCAGACUCCGAGCUGACCGAGUGUCCUGUGAAGCUUUCCCAAAAGCCGUGCUGGCCCCAUCAGCCAUCCUGCAGCCUCUGCAGCACCCCCCUAAGAUGCUACUGCUGAUUCCAGAGGCAGGCCGGCCCGCCCUCUCCCCAGGACACAGCCCUCCUUCUGGGGCCCCAGGGCCCCCAGUGGGAAUCAGGCCCACCCGACUGCCAUCCCCCACACCUGCACUACCCGUGUCCUCCCCCUCUGCCCCGACGCAGCUGCUGUCCACCCCGACGACCAUCCCCGUGCCCAGUGCCUCUCUCUUGUGGACCCUCAGACCUCCUUCACAACUCCAGGAGAAGGUGGUGGUGACCCCUUCCAUGCCCAGGGGCCUGGAAGCCACACGCCUGGCACCAGCACCCCCUGCCUGUUGGCACCUGGGAGCCAUGUAUGAGUCGGGGAGCCGCUGGACAGAGCCUGGCUGUUCCCAGUGCUGGUGCCAGGAUGGGGAAGUGACCUGUGAGAAGGUGAUGUGUGAAGCUGCUUGUUCCCACCCGAUUCCCUCUGGAGAUGGGGGCUGCUGCCCGUCAUGUACAGGCUGUUUUCACAGCGGCGUCAUCCGGGCCGAAGGGGACGUGUUUUCACCUCCCAACCAGAACUGCACCGUCUGUGUCUGUCUGGCUGGAAAUGUGUCCUGCAUCUCCCCCGAGUGUCCUCCCGGCCCCUGUCAGACCUCCCCGAAGCCAGACUGCUGUACUUGCGUGCCAGUGAGAUGCUAUUUCCACGGUCGGUGGUAUGCAGAUGGGGCUGUGUUCAGCGGGGUUGGUGACGAAUGUACCACCUGUGUCUGCCAGAAUGGGGAGGUGGAAUGUUCCUUCACGCCAUGUCCAGAACUGGAUUGUCCCCGCGAGGAGUGGUGGCUUGGCCCUGGGCAGUGCUGCUUCACCUGCAGGAAGCCCACACCCAUGACAGGCUGCUCUCUCGACGACAACGGGGUUGAGUUUCCGAUUGGACAGAUCUGGUCUCCCGGUGAUCCCUACGGCUCAGUGAGCUGCAAGAGGACAGACUGUGUGGACUCCUGCCCUCACCCGAUUCGGAUCCCUGGACAGUGCUGCCCGGACUGUUCUGCAGGCUGUACCUACACAGGCAGAAUCUUCUACAACAACCAGACCUUCCCAUCCAUGCUGGACCCGUGUCUGAGUUGCAUCUGCCUGCUGGGAUCGGUGGCCUGCUCGCCGGUGGACUGCCCCAUCACCUGCACCUACCCAUUCCACCCCGACGGGGAGUGCUGCCCGGUGUGCCUAGACUGCAACUACGAGGGCAGGAAGGUGGGAAAUGGCCAGGUGUUCACCUUGGACGAUGAGCCCUGUACGCAGUGCAUAUGCCAGCUGGGAGAGGUGAGCUGUGAGGAGGUGCCCUGCCAGAGGGCCUGCUCAGACCCCUCCACACCCGCUGGGGACUGCUGCUCCUCCUGCCCAGAUUCCCUGGAGGAAAGCCGGGGGCUCUCUCCUCGCGGGGACGUGGAGCUCAGCAAGGCGGUUCGGAGCCCCCGGGGAGACACUGAGGCCCCCGUCAACUGCAGCUCCUGCCCGGGGCCCCCAGCGGUGUCACCUCAGAGGCCAGCGCUCCAACUGCUCCAGCUCCUCUUAAGAACCAACCUGCCUAACAUGCAGACUUUGCCUGUGAGCCCCUCAGGAGCCCAGGCCUUACCUUCGUUCCCUUUGGGGCCAGGGGGCAAGUUGCCAGGGGAGCCUAGGGCCUCCCAGCCCCCUCGGCCCUCACCAGGGCCUUCAAUUCCUCCCGGAGCCUCCUCUCUACCUCCAGCCUCUCCUGGGGCUCCUGGGCCACCUCCUGUUACUCCAGACCCCUCAUCCUCAACCACUGGGGCCCACACGGCGUCCAGACGACCUUCUCUGCCUGCCACCAUCCUGACUGAAGCUUCAGCCCUUUCCACGAAGCGCCCCAGCCCCUCAGAGACCCCCAUUACCUUUCUCAGGCCUCGCAGACUCUCCGCAGCCUUUGCAGCCACGGCCAGCUCGGACCCCCCGCAGCCUGCCAUGGGGACCUCACGGGAGGAGGAGGCCGCUGGGUAAGCAGGCCUCCGUUUCAGGGCCAUGCCCAGGAGACACCGGACAGAGAAGACUGCCAAUGGCCCUGGGAGCUUGCAGGGCGGCUCUGGGGGCCGACAAGGCUGCUGAAGCCGGAGGCUCACUCCUGCAGUACUCCUGGUGGGGAUGGAAAGCCCCAGGACCCGACGUAGCCUUGUCCCCAGGAAGCAUUUGGGAUGUGCUGUGAGAAUCCAGCAGUGUGUCCUCCACAGUCAGCAUCCUCCCUGGAUGGCACGGCUGGCCUGUCUUGAGAAAUGUCGGGGCGGUCGAGUCCUUCCGCUGGAGGAGGAGGGUCAGAGGGGGAUGGGAUUCCAUGGGGAUUGUGUCACCAGCCGUCCCACGUCCUUACCUGAGGUUCCCUGAUUAAAGGCUAUCUCGGUGUCCCC